AGGAAGUUCCAAUGGAAGUUCUGCAUACAAAGAUGCCUCGACUAAGGACUAUUGUGGGAGCCAUUCUCGGAUUUUCCAUGCUGUGCGAGUGUUCUCCGCUGAUGUCGAACAGACGCCCACCGAUGCCACGGGAAUCAGGAGUCAUGACCUUCAUGCUGCCCAGCAAUGCCACAUCUAUCAGGGCAGACAUUUCCGAGGGAUUCUCCUGUGAGAACAGAGCCUACGGAUAUUACGCCGACGUGGCGAAUGAGUGCCAGAUCUUCCACGUCUGUUUGCCGGUGAUGUUUGGCAAUCAGCGCAAAUCACGCACGUAUCAGUGGAGCUUCAUCUGCCCAGAAGAGACUGUCUUCAGUCAGGACUCCUUCACGUGCAUGCGAGCAGAAGACAUGGCCAUCAGGUGCGACGAGAGCGAGAAGUUCUAUGAUCUCAACAGCAAUUUCGGCGGAAUGAUGACGGAUAAUGAUGAGAUGGGUCAGUUCAGGGAAGUCACGUCCACCGAGAGAGCAGAAACCACGACAAUUCUCACCACGAUAGCCUUUGAGGAGGGUCCCAUGACGACUGAGGAGGAGCUCUUCACGGAGACUGACAUGAGAUCAGAUCUGAAGACUGAACAGAUCCAAGAAGUGGCCACAGAGGCGACUUUCGAAGCGGAACCACCUGAAAAGGUGAUGCAGGAGAGCGAGAGUGUGAUCAAGACCAUCGAGGGCAUUGUGAAGAAGGCAGCCAGAGACAUUGAGAGGGUAAACGCCACAUCACCUCUGACCCGCACCAAGAGGAAAGGUCAGCGGCGGAGAUUUCUGUUCGCGGCAGACGCCUGA